UAAAAUAUACUUUUUUUUGCCGGAAAAAGUAAAGAAACCACUCGAUUUAUACCUUAUCAACUCCUUUCUAAGGAUCUGUAUCGCUAUUUUUAAUUCCGCGUAUAUUCAAAGAAUAUUUUGCGAUUUUGUACGAAAGGUGAAAAAUGCCCCCAAAUCGGCGAUUUUAUAGGCAAAAUCGUAAAUUCGGAAUUUCUCGAAAAAUAUUUAUUGUAUGUAACUCAAACUUUUUAAACAUGAUAAGAGAACCAGGGGCUAACUUUAAACCAAUUUUGAGCGAUUUUGAAAUUUCUUAUUUGGAACUCCUCAGUUGAAUCUAAGGGACUGGUGCACUUAAAGACACAAUGCUGUUGAUAAUUUUCUUGUUCUGAGCAGGUUCAUGUGUGAGCCCGCUUGUAGAUGAUGAACUGCGUUUUUAUCGCAGUGAAAAAAAACACACACAAUUUGGCAGUGGCAAUCGCAAUUGAUUGGUCUUUUUUUUUAGAAAUUACAAUAUUUUAUGUAGGGAUUAGGUUAGGGAGUGCAAAUUGUUUGUGUCUUGCAUGAAGUAUUAACCGCGAGUCAUCGUUUGCUAUUUUCAUGGACUAUAUCCGCCAUGUUGGAUCUUAAUGAAGUAGUGCCCACGCCAACUGUUUUUUUUUCUUUGUUAUUAGGAAACGUUACAGCAUGGUUUUAAUAUUUGUCUCAAACUAGGAAACUAAUUUCUUGUGCACUUUUAUUUAUACACUUAUAUUUCCUGCCCGCUCUGAAUCAGAUUCUCUUAGAUCGAUUAGAAUUCAAUUCGAUUAGAGCGCCAUCAUGCGUAAAAGCAUGUUAAUCGGGGGCUUCCUCUCGUGUUUGGUAUCUCUCUAUGUGGAUGUGUGGCUAGUCUAGGUUUCGUAAUGAGUUUUCCCCCUCGCCACGUUUGUCACGUUUUAUACCGCCAUUUGCGAAUCUCGCACCAGGCCCCUCAUUGGGCCUCUGCCAGCCGCCAUUUUGUCAUCCUAGCGUAAUACAAAGUGCGAGGAAGGAUCUAUUUUGAUGAUUUUUUGGGUGCAGUGGUUGCGAUGUUUUCGAUCAAAAUUGGUAAAUGAAGUACAUAACUUUGAUUUUAGAUUUUAGAGUUUUUAAUCCAUUUUUUUAAUUAAAAAAUAAUGGGAACAACCAUCAUGUAAAACUAAUAUUUUUCAUGAUUGGCAAAUAUUGAAUGAAAUCACUGUCUUUUCUUUGUUUUUUGUCUCUGAUCUUAUUUGGAUUGGUACCAAAAAAUCAUGAAAGUAACUCGUCCUUCUCAUUAUUAUUUAUUUGACGUCUGUACCUUUUCAUGUCUUCCUCGUGUUUUUAUCGCGACAGAGAGGGAUAAAAAAUGCUGCAUCGCAUCGAAAAUGAUGUAGAAACAGCUAAAAUCUUCAUCAUCGUGCUAAGAAAACGUUGUUAAGCUUUGUGAAAUGGAAUAUGCAGUAUGACGUCAUUGCUAGUCAGGAAAAAUAAUAAUAACAAAAGCGAAAAACACAAUCACACACAAAAAAUAUUAUUUGCAGAGAGUCCACUUCAAAUUUAUGCACCAUAUACGUAUAGCCGUAUAAAUUUUUUUACAUUUGCUUUGAUCUGAUUGUGAUAUCCUUAUCUUGUUUUGAUGAAGCAAAAGUACUUAUUUCCUCAAGAACUAGUAUGCGCGGCAAUAUUUGUGUUUAACACCUUCGAGAAUUGUGUUUUCCCCUUAGUCGCCGUGCCUAAUGUACACCUUACCUACAUCUAUCAUAUUCAAUUUGUGUUUCAUCUCCUAUGUUUGCCCUUUGAUUACUUCCCAUUUCUCACUUGAAAUUGUCGCUUUCUCUGUUACAUUGAUGGGCAUAGACCAAUUAAACAAGAAAAUAAGACUUUUAGACGCAAUGUACAUUUUGAAUAAAACUAUGAUUGGUCUGAAGAGCCCUAUUCAAAGAAAAAACAAAAAUUAUGCAAUAAAUAAAACUUUUCUUUUCGAUAAAUCUUUUAUUUAAGUACCCUCGUGUGAAUGGCACGCUUUUGAAUUGAGCGAAAUCUAGAAAUCAUUCCAUCUUUGAAGUCGCCGUGUUUUUGUCUAUCGUUUCAAUUUGUUUACUCUAGUACACAUACAAAAUCGUUGUUUAAGCUCUGUUAGUCGAGUUCUCGACAGCGAAUGGAGACAUAACACUAACCUAAGGUAGCACUGGAGACUUAUGACUUGGGCGUUAAUAGCACUAAGUCCUUUGUCACCUGCAAGCAAAAAGCUCACUAAAAGGCAGGCUACUCAUCGGGUAAAUCUGCAAGUGCAAUAACCCCAAGGAGACCAAUAAAACUCAUUUGAAACCCAACGUCCCGGAGACCAAGAAAUUUCGCUGUAGAUGAAAAGGGACAGCACUAAACGUUGCGGGUCCGGUAAUCGAUGCAGCACUGGUUAAUAGGUGAUAAAAGAACUGAGGCUUCAUUCAGCACUUGUGAAGCAGAUGUCAACUUGGAAGACGAUUAGCUCUCACGUUUUUGCGGAAUCGAACAGAUUCGCUAUACACGUGCUAACGGGGGAACGGUAUAAAUUCAGGUCGAGUUUCAGCAUCCGAUCACUCAAAAGUUGUUGCUUGGACAGGUCUCUAAGCUAUUCGUCUGGAUUUGUGAAUUCAAAGAGUUCUCUCUGUGAAAUAAGACUCUUUCCUGUUGUUCGUGAAAGGAUUUUGAGCUCUAACUUUGGGUGAACGAUUUCUACCUGGCGUUUCGAGUACAUCGAUAUCGUUGCUAAGCGGCUUUAUAGAUCUGUUUAGACACCUCGAAACGAAAGUUGUUUUGCGAAAAGCGGUGCACUUGAAAGUCUUCUCGCGAAAAAACAUCUCACCUUGCAGUCUUAACAAGUAGUCCCCUUGGACAGCACGCAAGAUGAACAGUACGAAUGCAUCCGUGAUAACGCUAGCGAACGGGUGUCCCCCGUCACUGCCAACCACCUUAUCCAGGACGCUCAAAUCCUUGGCUUACAUCGUUAUCAUGUUGACCUCCAUCUUCGGCAACCUGCUUAUAGUAACCAUCAUCUAUAAAAUCAAAAGAAUGCGAAUCCCAUUCAACUUCUUUAUCCUGAAUAUGGCCGUCGCAGAUCUCCUUAUCACCGUCAUCUUUAUGCCUAGGAUGCUCACGCGCAUUCUGUAUGGCUUCGCCUGGCAAAUCCCAGGCAUGAUCGGGUUGGUCCUCUGUAAGCUUCUGCCGUUCCUACACGAGGUCUUCAUCUGUGUCGUGGUUGCGAGCAUGAUUUGUAUAGCGCUCGAAAGAGUGUUCUCCUUGCGGUUCCCAACUCGACGGAUCAUCACCCAACGUCUCUCGUACUUUAUGAUUCUCGGCUCUUGGUUGCUUGCCUUAGCGCUGAGGUCACCUAUGCUUUACGCGCUGCGACUCCAGGAAGAAAACGGCGUCGCUAUCUGCUUCUUGUUAUUCGAGACUGAGGCUUUGCAGCGUGCCUACCCCGCCAUCGUAUUGGCAGUGUUUUACGUGUCACCCCUAACUAUCAUCAUCGUCCUUUACUCGGUGUUCCUCGCGAGCUUCAAGCGCCAAGUGUCCCCCGGCCGUGGAGCAAGGAACUGCUUCGCACCUGGAUCUACAACCCGCGCUAGGGCCUGCUCCAUAAAAGCCUUACGCGCUACGGAUUUUCGACGUGAACUAGAGAGACACAGAAGUCGCAGCAUUUUGCGCGUGCUUUUGUCCGUAGUCGUGGGGUUCGCAUGUUGCUGGGUGGUGUACUUCGUGAACCCGGUCCUGUAUCAUUCCUACCCGGUCCAGGCCUGCAAGUUAUCCUUCCUUCAGUACCUAUUGGCUCAUGUCAACAGCGCAUUGACACCUUGCUUGUAUUUUGCAUUCAAUGAGAAUUUUCAGAGUGGGCUUAAGCUGGUAAUCUUGCAGUCAGUUCGUGGGCGCGGAAGUAUUAGAAAAACAAUGGUGGUGACUGAAGCCGAUGGCAGCCAGAGAAAUAAUAAGUUAAGCGUUGUCGACGACAGUGAAUUUGCAUCUGAUCAUAAACAUCCAAAAAGACAUAGACAGUACAUAGACAGUGAUGUGUAUACGAACGGGUUUUGCCCCCAACCAUCUUGAAAUUUGAUGCGCUUAACUGGUAGAAUCGGCUGAGCUAUUGUAGACUUCAAACAAGCGCUUUUUUCCAUUACGUAACUUCUUUAACACAGUUGAUCAGCAUAAUAUUUCAGUAGCAGAUAAAAUAUGUCUGUAUGGGCAAUUACAAUGGCUAGCCGAAGGCGAAAGUUGAAUGCUUCUUUUUCCGAAAUGCAGUAUGUCCCUAAAAACCUGCACAAACGGAAAACAAUUCUAGACUGGGUUUCAAAAUGCAAAUUAUUUUAGUCAUUGCGAAACUGCAAGAUGGAAAAAGCUCGUUUCCGUGCGC